AGCAAUCAGCGAACACGAAGGCAAAUCAGUGGUGAUACCUUGUCCGGUCAACAACGAUAAAUGUGGCAAUUUGCAUUCGAUAAAUUGGUUCAAGGGCGACGAUCGCAUUGCAGCAAUGCUUUUGGGCGAAAGCAAUGUGACGAGCGUGUCAGACGAGUUUGCGAAAAGAGUCAAAGUGGAGCAAAAUCCAUUUAGAUUAGUUAUUAAUGACUUAAAAAUAUCUGAUGAGGAUACCUAUCUUUGUGAUACAACAUUUCUUAUACCAAUCGAAACGUGUGAUAAUUUCAACGGCUAUCGUGUCGAGUUGAAUGUCUUAGUGCCACCAACGGAGGUUGUGAUUCUGGAUGAGAAAGGCGAUCAUAUUGAAAAUGGUUCGAUCAUUGGGCCCAUGCAGGAACGUCAGACACUGAAAGCCGAGUGUGUAGUACGGAACACACGACCACUACCGCAGGUCGGCUGGUGGCGGAGGGAUAAACGACUAAUGACGCAUUCCGCCUCGUAUGUCGAGACAGAUGGCCUCUUUACUGCCACACUGGGAUUAACACUCGAAUUGUCAAGGGACGAUCUGGCGCGCGACAUUGAAUGCCACGUUGAGUCAGCGGCUUUACCGAAUAAAAUAAUCAACAAAUUUCGCGUCGAUUUGCAAGUGCGUCCAACGAGCAUAUCCAUCAAUGGCGUGGAGCAUCAUACGGUGCAGGGCAGCAAAGUCGUGCUGACAUGUGAUAUUCAUGGCGCUCGACCUGCCGUUAAUUUGACGUGGUUCAAUUCCUCCACAAUUAUUAGUCCGGAAGAGAAUGACUUGACAGAAAUAAGAACAAAAGCGUUCGAAAAAGACGAUGGCACGUAUCACACGCAGUCGGAGCUUAUCUUCAAUGCGACACGUUUCGAGAAUGACAUGAAUUUUCGGUGCGACGCGGACAAUGUGGUGCUGCAGAUAAACCGCGAAAAACCAUUCACGUCGUCGUUGACACUGGAAGUUUUAUAUCCACCAGUAGUUAAGGUUAGCCCGCCCGAGAUUACAGUAAAUACCAGCGACACAGUGCUGCUCAACUGCGAAUAUGUCGCAAAUCCCGCUUCGCUCACGCAAGUCGUGUGGUAUCGCAACGGUGAUUUAGUCAAUGUCAACGACACUGAAAGUUAUGAGGGUGGCAAUUCCGAGAACGUUGCACUGGUUAUACGCUCCACCGACAAGGAGGAUGUCGGUAACUACACCUGUCAGCUAUCAAAUGCCAUUGGCAAGGGCAUCUCUGAGCAGCAAAUUGACCUGGAUGUGCAGUUUGUGCCAAUUGUCGAAGUGCUGAUGAUACCCGAGGGUCCCGUAAAGGAGAGUGACGAAUCGAAUGUGACACUGUACUGCAACAUCUUAGAGGCUAAUCCUGCGGUGCUGACAAAAGUGCGUUGGUAUGCCAAUUCGACGUUACUGAAGGAGCUGCCCGAUUGUGAAGAGACAAAGGAGGAUUUAUGUCACAUUGAUCCCAGUAAAUUGCUUUUGGAGAGUAUUGGGCGCGGCUUCUUCUACAAUUACUCUUGCGAGGGUUACAAUGCCGCCGGUUGGGGGCCGCGCAGCGAGGAUAAAGAAUUAAUGGUCCAUUAUGAGCCCGGUCCCGCUACGCUCACCCACUUCCCCUUGAUUGCGGUGAAGAAGAAGAGUGUAACAUUUUCAUGCUCGGUGGACGAUCCCGGAUAUCCCGAAUCGAAUAGAUUCCGUUGGUUGCGCGGCGGUCGUGGUCCGCUACAAGACAUCGUCACCAAGGAUUGGACUGUGGAGCCAGUGGGUUUGGAUAGCCGCACCAAUUACUCCUGCUAUGCAUUCAAUGAGGGUGGCAAGGGUGUGAUGGCUACCGUCAAUCUGGAAGUACAUGCCCCACCAUUCUUCAUCAAGAAUUUGGUGCCAUAUACAGGCAUGUUGCACACAUCGCGUACAGCGAAUUUAACAUGCCGCAUCGAGUGUGUGCCACGUUGCGAAAUCACUUGGCUGAAGGGUACGGAUCCCAUUGAUAAGAACGAUACGCGCUACUUCAUCAAGGAGAAGUACGUCGACGCCUCUCCUGCGACCGGUGACUUCGAGAGUAUGCUCUCUGUAUUGCACUUCAAUAUGACCAACUGGCCAAAUCAAAAAUUCGACAUCGAAUCGGAUAGCGCCAACUACACUUGUGUUUCGACAGGCAACUCCGUUGGGCCUGGCAUCAAAAGCGCCACUUAUUUCUCCAUCGAAUAUGCGCCUGAGAACUCAACCGUUUCGGAGGAGGUGGUUUACGUGCAGGAGGGCACUAUACCCGGACGUGUCAUUUGCAACGCCAAAGCUAAUCCCAGCGCGCACUACAAUUGGAUAUUCAACAAUACAAAACUCGGACAAGAUCAAGCUCUAAUCAUCAACACACCAAUGACACGCAAUGAUUCGGGCGUCUACACAUGUGUCGCCUCGAAUAAGCAUGGCAAGAACACAGCUGAAACAUUCAUCGACGUACAAUUUAAGCCACGUUGCGAAAUUGAAAGGCACGAGAUCGAUGACCAGGAUACACUAAUUUGCACAGCAUUCGGAAAUCCUGUAGAGGCUGAUUUUUCAUGGUCAAUUAAAGCGGAAAAUGACAGCGCCGAAUGGCUGGGCACUGGCGAGCGCCAGGGUUAUAAGGACAAGAGUUUUUAUGUGCUGGACGAUGGUUAUGCGAUUGCACGCACUUAUCGGUGCAUCGCCAACAACACCGUCGGCCCGGGGACGUUUUGUGAAAUCGAAGUGGCUGAACAACUGGCCUGGUGGCAACGCUGGGAUAAGACAACACUCAUCAUUUUGGUAGCCUCAAUACUGGCGCUGCUUCUGGCCGUGAUUAUAAUUUGUUGCAUCAUCAUCUGCAUAUGUCGCCGUCGCAGACGUCAAGAUAAAUUACAAGACAAGUCAUCUUCACUGGGGGAUCCAUUGACGGAACCUGGCGAGUAUGAGAAUCUACCAUUUCAUGGUCUGCAAACGGCUCCUAAUAAGUUCUCUACGACUCUUACAAAUUUUAAUAACAACACCAAUGUGGUGCGCGUCGCUCCACGACCCAAGAGACUCAAUGGAAAUAUUGGCCAGCAACAGCACCAGCAGCAACAAUACGAACAGGAGCAGUACGACCCACAAUUUCAGUAUCAUCAACACCAACAACAACAUCAACAGCAACAGCAACAGCAUCAGUACAACACCAUGCAAUAUGUUGGGGGCGGGGGACGAGCGAAUCAACAGCACCAGCAAUCGCACACAAUGAAUUCCCACAACAAAGCGAUGCUGCAGCAUCACCAACAGCAUAUGUUGAUUUCAGUAGCGGCGGAUGGCGGCGAGAGUAUCGGCGGCGGCAUCGUUGGCACAGGCAACGCCGCUUCUGGUGGCAACGGUUACAUGAACGGCGGCAUCGUUGGCACUGCACCCCAUCAAAUUACAUACAAUCUGAAUAAUUGCUUUCCGAAAAGUUACACCGAAUAUUACCAUCAACAGCAGCAACAGAAGCAACAAAACUCAGUCUCGAAUAACACUUCCAAUGCUCAGCUGUUGAAUGCCAUUGAACAUGACUACCCAACGUACGCAGUGGUGGAGCGCAACACAACGAAUACUUCCGGUUUUGAUGUGGCUGGUGCAGACGCCACCGGUGCACGUGCUUGCCCACCGCCCACUGCAGCAGCCAGCACGAACCCUUUUUUGGCCAUAAGUAAUUUUAAAAAAUAUGACACUAACAGCAGUCCAGCCGAUAAUGCCUAUCAACCGCAUAUAUUGGACGUCGGCGGCACUGGCUCAAUGCAACGCAGCGGUAAACGCAAGUCGAUAUUGGAUGGCAAAAUGGAGGAAAAGAAGUUCUAUUCGCUAAAAUUUAACGCCGUUGGUGGUAAGAACAAAGCGCCUCAUUCAGCGCAUAAGCCGCCGGCGAGUGGAAUGCUAAAUGCGUCGAUGAUAUUCCCCGGCAGCAAUAGCAACAAGUGUAAGCGACAUCAUUCUUUUGCUGGUGGUAGCAUUGGCGAUAUUGACUCCGCCGGCCCGGGCGCCCAACAUUCCGCACAUCAGAUUAAAUCAUCGGCAUUGAUGCGCUUCUACGAUCCGCCUGCGUAUGAGAAUUUGGCCGCCGAUAGCGCAGCCGCUGUACAGGUGCACGAGUGUGCCGUAGAGGCGCAUCCAUCGCCAGCUGCUGGUGGUAUGAGUGGCACGGCCACCAUAUUGCUACAUCCGCAGCCCACAGCUAGUGGCAGCGGCGCGAACGGCACUAGCACGCAAGCUGGACAAACGGGCCACAAGAAAAAACAUCACCAUCGCCAACACCAGCAGAAGGAUGAUUUCAAUUUGAUUGAGCCAGAGCGAUUGAGCAUCUACCGCAGCGAUUCGGGAAUUUCGAAUAGCUCAUAUGAAUGUGUUACGCCUGUGCCACCACCGCCGGGCAGCACUCGCACAACGUCCCUACUAAACGGCACGCCGCCACCCAAAACGCCCAAGAGCUCAAAGCUAUCAAAACACAGCAUGUCCGGUGGUGGGGGCACAAGUAGCACAGGUCACAUCAACGUCAUUAAUUACAAAAAGUCCACGCGUCCGCCCAGCGGCACUAAGAGCAACAUGGCAAAUGUUGCGGCCAACGGCACAUCGUUGCCCGUUUAUAUGAAUGUUGAUGGUCAGCCCACAGCGCAAUAUGAGCGCUCCUGUUCGCCGAGCUCCACUUUAGUCAAUUCUUCGUAUGAAUCUGCUUCGUCUUCACAAAAUGACGGUCAUGGCGGUCCCGGCUCGACCGAUCCCACAUCGUUAUCCUCCUGCAACUCGCUAUACAGUAGUGGGACCGGCACGCUAAUUGGCGUGAAUCCGCUCAUGAAGACGGGCAUGGGCAUGACGGCCUCUCGUUGCGGUUUGCAUCAGAAACCUGCAGAAAUCACGACACCCGAGGAGUACGAACAGUAUCAGCUGGGCCACCACCGACAUUCUGCCUCGUCGCUGAGCGUUGCCAGCACGGUGAGUGCGAGUGGAACACGGCGAUGCAAAAAACAGCAAUCGGCACUAGCGUCAGCGGGAUCCGUGACAGGAAUUGAGCAUUUUGCAAUUGGCAUCACUAAUCCAUUUCUAGCAAGUGAAUGCGUCACAACAGCGGCCACCUGCGCUGCCAACGCCGCCGCCACCUCCAGCCGCAGCCUCAAUGCCCAUGCCAAUAGCAAGAAACUACGACGAAAAACUAUCAGCGACCCCUGCGCACAUAUCCGGUACAUCACCUAUGGCAUCGGUCGCUACAACAACACCACCAACAACAACGGUGUUACCAGUGACCAAACACACGCCGACGAUUAUCGCGCCCAAUGUACGAGUAGCGCGCCCAAGGCAACAGCAGCAUACCAACAGCAAGUUAAAUCACAACAACAGCAUAACAACAACAAUAGUCGCGGACAUCAGCAACAGCAACAGCACUAUCAACAAUCGUUGCUAAUCUCGCGAACGUGCGGCACCAAUAACAACGACGCGAAUGUUGAUGUCGACCACAAAAACAAGGACAUGGCAAUGCAGCAGCACAGAUUAGUACCGUUAGGUGGUGAUGCCGAUGAAGCGGAUAUUGUUGCUGCAGCCACCAAGAAAAUUUCUACCACAGCAGAGCAUAUGGACGAUAAUGUUGCAGGUGGCGUUGAAGCUACCACCAAUUUAAUGUUGCCACAUGUGGCAGUUGAUGAAAGUGCAACAACAACACAACUGACUUCUAAUGGUGAUUAUCUCGCGCGCAGACCAGUCAAGCUGCCACUCCGCAAAUAUCACAGCUUCCACUUUCAGCCAUCGCAAACCGUAGCUGGCACUUUGCGUCACUGUAAAUUACAGCAAUUACGCAUGCAAAUGCAACACAAGCAACAACAACAACCAUACAGUUUGCAAGCAGAUAUUUUAGUGCACGAGCCACUCCGCCAAGUACGCUCCGCGCAAGCCGAGUCAGGUGCAGCGCUCCCAGUCAAACGCUACGCCAUCGAAGGAGGACCGCUCGUUUUUCGGCCGCUUUCAUGGCAUGAGCAGCGCACUUUCAAACCAAUUUCCUCUCCAGUGGACGAUGGCGCAGCAAAAGUGGAGGGGCGGUCUGUAACCGCAAAAAUACCAACCAAAAUAACUGAGAAAAGGACCCAAAACCGCACAGCAGCGCAAGCGGAGGCAGAGGCAGAGGAAGAAGAAAAAUCUGAAAUGAGCGAAGAACUUGCGGAAGAAAUCAAACAAAUUACCAGAAGUGCGCAAUUACCACAUGUGAGCCUUAAUCCCGCCGCCUCACUGGAGGCCUUGGAGGCGCUCACCAAACAUCAUCCCGAGCUAAUUUAUGCCACUAAACCAGGCACUCGACAUAACUUACACAAACAACUUGCCCUGCCCGACCAGUGGGGACAACAGUUAAUCGACGAAAAUCAACCAACCACAGGCAGUCCGUCGAAAGACUAUGCCACAGAGAAGAGCGAGAGUGCAACGAAAGUAAAAGAAACCGAAACAAAGGCAACGAUUGAGAACGAGAAUGAUUAUGGUGGCGAUGAUGAUGAAGAUGACGAAGACCAGGGCUACUCCUUUUGCGAGGACUACGACGAAGACGAUGAUGAGUUGGAAAGUGUGGCAGUGCAAAGCUCGCAAAAUGCGAACCCAAACAUUGACGCCAGUGUUGGUGACCAACGAACGACCGCGGCAGCAGAGUCACCGCGUGUGGUGCUCUCAGCUGGUCGUAAUGGCGGUAAUGUGAAGUACAUGCUGCGGCAAAGCUAUCGCGAAGUGCAUAUUUAAAUGCCACCAGAAGUGGGUCCACUCCUAUGUACAUAUGGGUGUACCGCUGAUGUCGCCUUUGGUUUAGCGGCAUUUUUAUUGCGCAUCAUUUUUCCUAAAAUUGCCAACACAAAAUUCAAACGAAAUUUCAAUUGCACAGCGUCCACUGAUUGUAGCCUCCAAUUUAUACUCGCAUGUAAGCAUUAUUUCCUUUUGAGUGUGCAGCAGCAACAAGAACAACAAAAAAUUCACAGCCCCAGCUGGCCUGAAUCAAGUGUAAAUAAAUAAAAGACCAAAAAAACUAAAAACAACCACCCCACUAAUAAAUAAUUCCAACUAAUUUAAGUCAGCCGCGCCUUGCCAUGACGGCGCAGACAAGCGCUCAGAAUAUAAGUUCAGUAAGUAAGUACGUGAAAUUAGCUGUAGGUAUUUAUAAAUUACAU